AAAAUAUUCCCGUCCACACGUCAGGCCCUACCAUUACCCUCCUCACCUCUCAUCCACGUUACCGCACCACCCACCUCCGGUACCUCUCAAAACAACAAUAUCUGGAAUGGCGCCAUCAGCUUUACGGCCGAGCAUCAGCGCUCUCUUCCUGCUGGCUGUCUCUCUGUUCUCGGUUGUCUCCACCGCUCUAAAGUUCGACAUUGCCGCGCAGCAAAGGGGUCAUCGGCAACGAUGUAUUCGAAACUUUGUUGCGAAGGAUACCCUCGUUGUUGUAACAGCUACGGUUAGCGGGACUAGAGGCGAUGGGCAGCAAGUUAACAUUCACAUUCGAGAUGCUGUUGGGAAUGAGUAUGGACGACCAAAGGAUGUAGUUGGUGAAGCCAGGAUGGCAUUUACUUCCCAUGCUGAUUCUGCCUUUGAUGUUUGCUUCGAGAAUAACAUUGAAGAUGGCCGCCAUCCCGGCCUUACUCGCUCUGUUGAACUUGAUGUGGAUAUUGGUGCCGACGCUCGCGACUGGUCUGCUAUCCAAGCUGCGGAGAAAUUGAAGCCGGUCGAGAUUGAACUACGACGCAUCGAGGAGGUUGUCUCGGAAAUUGUCAAUCAGAUGGAAUACUUGAGAACAAGGGAGCAGAAGCUCAGAGACACGAAUGAGUCUACGAAUGAGAGAGUCAAAUACUUUGCUUUGGCUAUUAUGGCGACUUUGGUUGGACUUGGUGGCUGGCAGGUUGUUUAUCUGAGGGCCUAUUUCAGAUCGAAACACCUUAUCUAAGUAAUGGAUCUCUGACGAAUCGAACUACUUUUCUUAUCGCUGGGUUGUACCGCUUCGUGUGCUUUGGAUUGUACCUUUUUCGCCAUUUAUUUUAGCUGUAGCCUUUUUUCCCUCUAUUUUUAAAAAAACGAGUUGUGUUUUGGGUUUGGAUGGUGUUUACAUAAAACGGGGAACCGUAUGGUUGUUCGCGAUUAGUCGGCCAAUUUAUGAUAAUAACGGGUCAUUUCUAGA